AUGCGGGUCCAGCUCGCCUCCUCCCUCCUCCUCGCCUCGGCCGCAUACGCCCAGUUCGUUCAGCCCAGCGCGACCCAAGCUCCUGCCUCUUCCCCUACCGCAGCUGGCGGAUCAUCUACUGCCCGCCCCACCUCUUCCGCCUCCUCGACAUUCGGUCCUCCCCCUCAAUCGACCGGCUGCGUCCUCCAUAUCGACCACUACCACUGCGAGGGGCCCAACACUGCCUACACCGGAACCGCUUCGGCUGGAGACGCGUCCGCAUCGGGCACGAGCAGCGAGUCUGCGGAAGGCGGAGAAUGCAUCAUUCACGUCGGCCAUACACACGGCGACUGCUCCUCCCAACAACUAGCAUGCGGCGCUAUCCUCCAAGAAGAGUACAAGAUGCCCAUCCACAUCGGCGCGGUCUUUAUCGUCCUCAUCACCUCGGCGCUCGGCGUGCUGAUCCCUAUGGUAUCAGGCUGGGUGAAACGGUCUGAUGGGAGCAAGAUUGCCAGUGGGGAUCCAGUGGCGUUUGGACGGGAGGCCGGGGUAUGGGCCAGUAUCUUCUUUUUGGCAAAGCACUUCGGGACCGGAAUUAUCAUUUCCACCGCUUUCAUCCACCUCCUCUUCCAUGGCUUUGUCAUGUUCCAGAACGAAUGUAUCGGGGAGCUCGCGUACGAAUCCACCGCUGCCGCAAUCGCUAUGGCCGCGGCGCUCGUCACGUUCCUUCUCGACUUUAUGGGCAGCCGCCUCGCCUCUCGCAAGACUGGUACCAUCACCAUGGGCUCGACCGACAUCUCGCCGACAAGCUCCAACCCCGGCUCACCCGACCGCGAGAAGACCGGCGCCGGCUUCAUCCCCGCUGGCUCUCACUCGCACUCGCACGGGCAUGACUGCGCACACGUCGAUGCUGCCUUUGCGGCGGAGGAGAGCUGGCGUGUCCUCUUACUCGAAAUGGGCAUCAUCUUCCACUCAAUCAUGAUCGGCGUGACCCUCGGCGCCUCCUCCGGCGCGGGCUGGACAACCCUCCUCAUCGUCAUCUGCUUCCACCAAUUCUUUGAAGGCGCCGCCCUCGGGGCCCGUAUCGCCCUCUUGUACUGGAUCUCCAAGGUCCGCGCAAUCACCAUGUCGGUCGCCUUCAUCCUCAUCACCCCUAUCGGAAUCGCGAUCGGGAUCGCCGUCCGCCAGGUAUUUUCGCAGAAUGGAAAGGCUUCGCUCUUGUCGGUGGGGAUACUCAAUGCGGUGAGCGCAGGGAUACUGCUGUAUACCGCGUUUAAACUGUUGGCGCAUGACUUUGUGGAUGGGCCGUUGAGGCAUGCGCCGGCGGGUAAGGUGGUGCCGGCGGUGGGCGCGCUGGUGGUCGGGUUGAUUGGGAUGAGUGUAUUGGGCAAGUGGGCGUAG